AUGACACCGGUCAUUAAUCCUUCUAGAACUAUUUCAGCUGCUCUUCGCAGUAGAGUGAAAGAGGAACUUGAUGAUAUGGAAAGGAAAAACGUAAUUCGUAAAGUGGAAAAGCCAACUGAUUGGUUCAUUUCUAUGGUAGUGGUAGAGAAACCUAACGGAAAACUUCGCAUUUGUUUAGACCCAAAACAUCUAAACAAAGCAAUCAAGCGUGAACAUUUUCAAUUACCAACAAUUGAAGAUAUCACUACACGUAUGGCCAAUGCCAAGUGGUUCUCCCAGCUAGAUGCCAAUCAUGGAUACUGGCAAAUACCUUUAGACAAGGACAGUCAACCCCUUACCACUUUCAACACUCCUUUUGGCAGAUAUUACAACACAUGGACUCCAUUUGAUAACACCUUAGCACAAGAAGUUUUUCAGUAAAGGAUGCACCAACAUUUCGACGAUCUUGAAGGUGUUGAAACGGAUAUUGACGACAUCCUUAUUCACGGAACGACAGAAGAAGAGCAUGAUCGACGCCUCGAAUCAGUCUUAGAAAGAUGUGAGAAGAUCAAUCUAACCUUAAACAAAGAGAAAUGUGAAUUCAAAUCCAGAGAAAUCACAUAUGUCGGACACAAACUGACAGAAAAUGGCGGUAAACCUGAUGAAAGGAAAGUUAAGGCUAUUAAUGAAAUGGAAGCACCAACAGACAAGAACGGUGUGGAGAGACUGCUUGGAACUGUGAACUAUUUGGGAAAAUUAAUUCCAAAUUUAGCAACCUUUACCAAACUAAUCAGAUCGUUGUUGAAGAAAGAGAUCGAAUUCCAGUGGUCUUUCGAGCAACAGAAAGCAUUUCAGGAUGUUAAAGUGCCCCUGUCACAAAAUGAGAGUUUACAUCAUUAGAAUCGUCUUGAAAUGUAGAUUAUGAAAAUACAAAAUAGAUUUAAAAUUGAGCUUGUUUUCACAGAGUAAUAAGGCAAUGAAAUUUGAAAAUUUCAAAUUUUAACGGCAAAAAUUUUUGAAAACCGCGAAGCUGGGAAAUUGGUAACUAAUACGUCAUAGUAGGAAGACAUUGCCUUCUCGCCUAAGUGAACAGUAUAUAAAUACUAAGUGAGAAUCACAAUCAAGCUGGUCAAAAUCGAUACAAAUGUCUUCGUGGAGUUCAGAUACGGAAAAUAACAGUUACCAAAGCGAUGACUGGCUGAAAUUAUAUUCCUGGGCCGUAUCAAAUCGAGCCGGAAAUCGAUGAAAACACCAGUGAAGCGUGGUCAACGUCGUGCGCACAAAUGAUCGGCGCUGCUUGAUCCUUAUGUUAAUGAACCAUGCAGUGACCGAUGGCUCAAACGUUACCGCGAUAAAAAGCAAUCACAACGAACGUCUUAAGCAAUUACAACAAAGGCUUGAUAGUUCAGAAGAAUUGAGUAAAUAGUAAAUAUUUCACUCUGAUUUUGUUGCGUGACUUGACCUUGUGUUGUAAAUUACAAACUAUAAUAUUUCAUAUGUAAACGUGGCAAUUGUCGCAUUGAACUGCUUCGUAAAUUAUGCUAAAGAGUGUCAAUGUUGUAUGGAAAUUGAGGAGUGCAUCGAUUCUCUACACAGUAACAUUGUGAUUUGUGAUGCAAGAAGCUGAAGUCGCGCCAUCAUGUAUAAUUCAACAGCUAUGGCUAGAUAAGUGAGCUCUCCGUUCAGCAGCCACGAAAUUACGAACAAGAAAGAAACAGGAAUACCGUCAAACAAGCACAGAAGAUAGGUAAAUAAAGUUUUAUUUAUCAACAUAUUGAAAUUAAGAAACACUUUACCGUACCCGAGUUUACUAUCAGUGAACACACGCAUGCGGUACGGUAACUGAGAGCUUAUAUACGGUACAUACUGUUCAAUUAUUGAAUUAUUAUAUAUUUACAUGUGUUCACAUGCAAGUAAGCGACUUAUUUAAAAUACUUAUUUAUUAAUUUAUAGAUUCUGAAGGAGCACAGCAUAUAGAAACUUUGUGUGGAUGGUUUAUGGACAACUAGGAAAUAGACAUUUUUGCGCAUAUGAGAAAAUAUUGGCUGCUGUUGAUGAAGACUUUGUAGGAUUUGUAGAGAACAGCUCUUGAUAUUAUAUAACUAUUUUUCAAUAAAUUACACUGUAUAAACGUGGUAAUAUUAUACUGUAUUGCGUAUAGAAACAGCACAUUUGCUAUAUUCAUGACUUCAAUAUUGUUUUGCCAAAGAGACUGAAAUUUGAGAUUAAGAUUUGUAUCUGAUGUUUUUCUGCACUUCGUGCGCGCGGGUUAAUUUGUACAAAGUGUUGCAGCACGUUUAGGAAUUUUUAUGACUUGUAUUUCGUUCCAGGCACUGCCUUAUACUAUAGCAAAUGUGGCAAUGACUAAGUUAUUUCAUUAAGUUGCUUCAAUGGAUUAUACUAUGUAAUACAUUUUAUAUACACCCCCGCAGUGUAUCUGGUUUCAUGCCGGCACAAUUUGUUACAAAAUCUGCAUAUUGUACGGGUUUUCACUGCGGUGCAAACACAACGAGUGUAUAUAUGUAUAAUUUACUGCGUCAAGUUUACUUAUAUGUACAAUUCUACUUUCUCUGUCUAAACUAAAAUACAAACAGUGCACAUUGCUUGUAGACGUACGAAAUUGGCCUUCAUCCGCUAUAUUUUGACCAUAUUCACUCAUAGUCAUAGCUGUAUUGUCGCGAUAUUUUAUAUCUCCACUGGCUGUGGCUCAUUUAUAUUUAUCGCGCUUUGCAGUUUCGUGACUAUGACCAUAUCGGUUGACUGCAUCGAAGCAGCUUAUAAAUACAACCUAUUCAAAUAACGAAUUUGGAAUAAAAAUUGCACUAGGCCAUAUUCAAGUGCAUGCUAAACGAAAUUAGAGUAUAAAUUAUACAUAUACCAUUCUCUUUGCUCUCGCAGACAAAGGUUUGUCGUCGACAGUAUUUGUAUAUUUUGGAAUUGCAACAAAACCAAUUUCGUCGGUAGCUAACCGUGGUUUUACCAGCAAGCUCUAUCUUCGCAAGGUAUGCUUGGAUCUCAUAUUGCUGGUUUAAGGUGCACGAAGUCAAUCCGUGUCCUUUUCGCUUCGGGCCUCUCGUCUCCAGUAAAAGGUAUAAAAUGAAGUGAAAUGCCUUACUCUGUAUCUGUGACAUUAGAACAACCGCCUACUACACAUAUAUUCGGCAAUGUUUCAGUUUCGUGACUUUUAUUUGCGCUAUUGCCUCCUCUAUGAUAGUACAUGCAAUAGUAUUUCUAUAUUAGUGCGCUACAUAAGUUCCUACUAUUACGUCACACGCAUUGUUUCGUCCCAGUCCCUUUUGCGCGGUUUUCAGAUUUUUUACAAGGCCAAAUUCAAUGUUUAAACGGCAAUAACUUUUACACUAAAAAAGCAAUUUCAAUACCGUUUUCUAAUUUCCGUAUAUUUUGUAUCAUAGAUUUCGAAAGUAUAAACUCUCAUUUUGUGACAGGGACACUUUAAGGACACUCUCACCAAAGAUGAAGGUCCAGUAUUAAAGUUUUUUGAUGUAUCGAAGCCGGUCACCAUUAGAUGUGAUGCGUCACCUACAGGUUUUGGGGAAAUUUUGUUGCAGGAUGGCUACUCAAUGGCGUACGCGUCAAGUUCGUUUACAGAAACCGAAUCAAGGUACGCCGAAAUAGAAAAAGAACUUCUGGGUGUGCAAUUCAAUCUUGAUCGAUUUCAUCAAUAUGUGUACGGAAAGGAAGUUUAUGUCGAGUUAGAUCAUAAAUCUCUGGAGAUGAUAGCAAAGAAAUCGCUGGCAUUAGCUCCUCCUCGUUUGCAGAGAUUACUCCUGAGAAAACAGAAGUACAACCAGCCUAGUACCAGGCUCUCUCUCUCUCUAUUCGCUGCUUUGAUAUAUUUAAAUAAGUCUUAAAAGUUGUAUGCCCGGGUUUGCUGUGCGCAACGCUUCAGCGAGGGAGCCUAGCAGAUUUCGGUAAAAUGGUCCCUGAUUUAAAAAAGUGGUCCCUGGCCUGCUUACCAAGCAUAUCGCAUUUGUAAAUAGAAAAUGUUAUGGAAAUUUCCUUUGUGUUUAUAAUUAAGUCAUUAGUUUUGCUCUAAUGCUGUCGGAACAAUGAAAUAGGCUACGUUUCGCUACCAUACGGUCAGAAUGAAAUAACGGGCUAAAUAUGACUCGUGUUUACUAAAAUAUAAAGCCAUAUUAAAUGCUAUCUAGAAGCUUGAAAAUUAUGCCGAGUCUCCGACUAAAAAUGUUUUGACAACGCUGUCAUGUCAGGCAAAUAUUUGCAAUAUCCUUAGCUACUUAAACCUGUCAAGUAGAAAGCGGAGUUGUGUAUACCAGUAUGGACGUAUGGUCUAGAGUUGAUCACAACUUGCGAGUAUAUAAAUAACAUCAACUAUUACACGACCACUGUUCAGACUCAGUAUCGUAAAUUCGUAUAUAUUUUUUUUUUAAUUGAGUACAUUUUUAAUACAGUUUGAAUUUGGUUAUGUAGACAUCGAACAUGAUCAACGAACAUUGUCGUAUUUACAAGGUUAUUUGUAUUAAUGAUUUUCCGCCAUAUUAAAAUACUGAAAUCUGCUUGGCGUUCUGAAGCACCUUUAGCGGUGACGUCACACCUAGGUCCCAGUCUCGUACUACAUCCACGUUUUUUCUCGCGCUUGCUUCAGAACGAUUGGGACUAGGCUGAAGUACAACUACACUAUCGUCUACAAAUCAGCUAAAGAAAUGGCGCUGCCAGAUAUGUUGUCAAGAGCCCCUUCGAAACUGACGAGCAAAUGGAAAAUGAAAUUAAUCUGCACGUACACCUCCUAAGUUCAACCCUACCAGCUUCAGAAUUCAAAUUACACGAAAUUUGAGAAGCAACAAAGAGCGACGAAGAACUAAGAACAUUAUUGAAUAUCAUUCAGAACGGAUGGCCAGAUCAGAGAGAGAGCGUACUGUUGUCAGUCCUACCCUAUUGGAACAUUCGCGAUGAAUUGUCGGUGAUAGAUGGAAUCAUCUUGAAAGGCGACCGCACGCGUAUUGUCGUACCAUUAGCAAUGAGAAAGGAUAUGCUACAAAGAAUACAUCAUGGUCACAUGGGGAUCGAGAAAUCGAAGGGAAGUGCUCGGGAUGCUCUUUAUUGGCCUUUGAUGUGCAAGCAGAUAGCUGAAAUGGUAUCUAAGUGCACCGUAUGUCUUGAGCACAGAAAGGAGAGUACCAAAGAGCCUAUGAUACCUUUCAGAGUACCAACCUUUCCUUGGGAAGUGGUGGCAACAGAUUUAUUUAGUUUGGACAACUUGGACUAUCUACUUAUUGUUGACUAUCUUUCCAGAUACUUUGAAGUUGUUAAGUUACCAGACACAACGAGUUCAACGGUUAUCACGUACACCCAGUCGAUAUUCUCCCAACAUGGUAUUCCUGCAGAAGUCGUAAGUGAUAAUGGGCGACAAUACUCAUGUAGAGAAUUUCAAGCAUUCGCAGAAAGCUGGGAAUUCAAGCAUACGACAGUUAGUCCUCUCAACCCACAAGCAAUGGUUUAGCAGAAAGGACUGUACAAACUAUCAAAGAUCUUUUAGUUAAAUCGAAGAAAGAUCAACGAGAUCCAUAUUUAAGUUUAUUGGAAUAUCGAAACACUCCUAUCGAUGAUGUGGGAAGUCCAGCGCAGUUACUGAUGAAUAGGCGUUUGCGUUCAAGAUUUCCUCAAACGAUAUCGCAGUUGAAUCCCCGUAUUCCAGAUCGUGUUGAAGUAAAGACAAAAUUGAAUCUGAAGCAGCAGAAACAGAAAUUCUAUUAUGAUCGUCAGUCAAAAUCCAUUACUAAGUUACACGAACGAGAUAGAAUUAGAGUAAGAAUGAAAGGUUCACGAAAACCAGGUGUUGUCACUCGUGAAGAAGAAACACCGAGAUCGUAUCGUGUUCAGAUUGAUGAUGGUGGUGAAUAUAGGAGAAAUAGAAGAAUGCUUCUGAAGUCUGUAGAACCUGAUCCUGUAGCAGAGGACAUGUUUAGUGAUGAAAUUCCUUCAACAAGAAUUCGAAGUAUACCCUCCCUUGAGAAUGUUGAAGCGCUAGCCACUCUCGAUGAAACCCAAUCGCAAUCGAGUACAAUCACAGAAAUUAUCCCUCCAUCUACAGAAGUUAGAACAACAUCGAGAGGAAGAAUAAUAAAGAGGCCAUCAAGAUUUAAUGAUUUCAUAAUGAAGUAA